CGUUGCGAUGAUUCAGACACCGAGAGUGAGCCUGGUAUUCCAUUAAAGCGAAAACAACGUCGCAGUAGAACCACUUUCAGUGGUAGCCAGUUAGAACAAUUAGAAUCUGCGUUUCAGCGAGCGCAAUAUCCCGAUGUGUAUGCCCGGGAAGCAUUGGCUCAACAGACUGGAUUGACCGAAGCUCGGAUACAGGUAUGGUUCAGUAACCGCAGAGCCCGCCUUCGGAAAGGAAACAACGGGAGUGGUAUUCCCUCAGUACCCAGUCUACCAUUGACGCCGUGUCAAUACCCAGGUCCACAUGAAUUAGGACACUUGUCACAAGUGCCACAAAUGGCUGUAGGAAUGCCAGCCAGCCAGGUGCCUACGAGUCUGCAUCAAUCGCUUCAUCAAAUGACGCCGACAAGUGUUCACGAAAUACCAGCGAGCUCGCUGAGCAACCACAUGUCUAGCACGAUGGCCCAAGUACCCACCACGACAAUGAGCUCCGGAUUACAGCCCCAUUCUGUCGCAAUACCUGGUUCACUUACCGGGCUAUCGGGUCAUGCCAAUAAUGUUAUGCAAAUUGGGCAGGUGCCUACGAUUCAGCCGCCCACUGCUCAUGCUGCACCAACAACCUUAAGUCAUACUCAUAAUUCUGGUAACGCAGACUGGACUCGAGCGCAGAUCGGGUGGGGACAAUUCAACCACUUUCAGAACAACGACUACACCAGUCACUCCAGUCAUCAUCCUUCCAGUCAUACAAGCCUUGGUAGUCAAGUGUCCAGCGCUAAUCCUACAGCCGAUUGGGGAUAUGAUCAGGGUUAUGAUUAUGCACAGCAUGCACAGCUUAAUUAUCACCGCAGUGUCGGUGGAAUCUUU